UUUUUCUCACAACGUACGGGGUAGUUUCGACGGUUUCACCUAGCCUCUUUACACAUCAUAACAGUACAAUUCGGAUAAGCAAACAAUGGCGCCUACACGGCUUCGAGUCGAAACCCGCAUCAGCCAUGGCAUUGCUCAAGAUAUGGUAUCGUCUUUGAUUGUGGGUAGUCAAGCAGCUGUACUCGUUGAUGUACCCUUGACUAUUCCUCAAGCAAAAGAGCUUGUCCCGUGGAUCCGCUCCAACGCCAGUGUGCCAUUAGUGGCGAUAUUUGCCACACAUUUCCAUCCAGAUCACUAUCUCGCUGCUCACAUUAUCUUGGAGAGCUUUCCUGAAGCCGACUUAUAUGCUGCCGAGAAGACAGUGGCUUUGAUCAAUGACAUCAUCGAGGGCAAAACUGCAUUCUGGAAGUCGGCACUAGGUGGUGAAAACAUUGCCAACUCGCCUAGAAUCCCCAAGGCUUUCCCGUCGACCUUCUUUUCGCUUCCGGGGGACGAUAUUGUCCAUCUUCUUGGGCCUGUCAACGGAGACAGCCCUGAGCAGACCAUGUUCUGGAUCCCCUCCAUCAAAACAUUGAUUGCCGGCGAUGUCGUAUACGGCCAUGGAAUGCAUAUGUGGCUCGCUGAUCUUGAUGACCCGUCAAUGACGGAAGCAUGGCUCGACUCUUUGCGACUAAUCGACUCUCUCAGUGCAGAGAGAAUUAUUCCAGGACAUGCACUCAGUGACCAAGAAGGUUUCAAUGGAAGUAAGGAUACGGACCACACACGAGCGUACGUUCGCUUCUUUCAGAAGGAGAUCGAGUCGAAACCGAGGGAUACCUUUACGCCAGAAGAAAUCACUGCCAAGUUUGACGAAGCUUUUCCAGAGUUGGCAGAGAUAGAAGAGGGUUCGACCUCGAGGCUUUUGCUCCAGAUUAACGCUCAGCAUUUUGGCAAGGGAGGCCGGCGACAAAAGCACGACGUUGAUCUAGUUGCACUUCAAAAGUCUUAUAACGCAAGCUGGGACUUCAGCAAGAACUAAUUUACGGCGACCGAAUAUAACAACUCCCCUGGCCGACAUGGGUCAGUGCAGGUGAAAGUUGUCGUAUUUUUGCUACGAAGACAAUAUAUUUUAUUGGAGAAACAUGUCUACACCCAAUUCACCACUCUUUGUAACCGAUCGAGUCAGGAUUGAUAGCAACCCUACGCCGGAAUAAGCGAUGGGAAAACAGUACUGAGUAGAUGAGUUGCAUGUUGUGCUUGGUGGAGGUAAUCAUGCUAGUGUACGUAAAGAUAGUCUUGCCCUCC